CCUCCCAGGUCGUCGAAACAACAAACCCAACUACGGUGCGAGCGAGGGUGAGAGAACGUCCGAAACCGCUUCUGACCGCGACUUUUAAACUCUUUCUCACACAAUUGCAGCGGGAUCGAGGCGCACCUUCCCAAAAGCAGCGGUAAAAGUUUUACCAAUCGCAACCCGGGACUUACAUUUCGGGCAACAAGGUCACAUGUUAUCACCCCGUCUGAGGAUCUCAAGUCAGUUGUAAGUUGAAGUUAUCCAGAAGAUGUUACAGAAAUGAUAGCAGCACCAGAAAUACCAUCAGAGUUCGCUUUCACUCACGAUACAGAUACAAGAUUCUCCUCAGACACAGAUUUCUCUGAGGAUCCUGAUGGAAGGAAUGCAAAUCCAACUAAGGGAAAGGGGGGAAAGAAGGGGAAAAAAGCAGCAGGGGAGAAAGGCAAAGGAGGGAAGGCGGCAGGCCGGAUAAAUGGCCACCACCAAGAAAAUGGCAUGGAAAACAUGAUGCUGUUUGAGGUUGUGAAGAUGGGCAGGAGUGCAAUGCAGUCUGUGGUUGAUGACUGGAUUGAGUCUUACAAACACGACAGAGACGCUGCGCUGCUAGAUCUUAUCAAUUUCUUCAUCCAGUGCUCAGGAUGCAAAGGUGUGGUCAGUGGAGAAAUGUUUCGCAACAUGCAGAACUCUGAGAUCAUUAGGCGAAUGACAGAGGAAUUUGAUGAGGACAGCGGCGACUACCCUCUAACCAUAGCUGGGCCCCAGUGGAAGAAAUUUAAAUCAAGCUUUUGUGAAUUCAUUUCGGUGCUAGUGCGCCAGUGUCAGUACAGUAUCAUCUAUGAUGAAUACAUGAUGGACACAGUCAUCUCCCUUCUUACUGGACUAUCAGAUUCCCAGGUCCGAGCCUUCAGACACACAUCAACACUGGCAGCCAUGAAGCUGAUGACAGCCCUGGUGAAUGUAGCUCUAAACUUGAGUAUUAACAUGGAUAACACACAGCGCCAGUAUGAGGCAGAGAGAAAUAAGAUCGUUGCUAAAAGAGCAAAUGACAGGCUGGAGCUGCUCCUGCAAAAGCGUAAGGAGCUUCAAGAAAACCAAGAUGAGAUUGAAAACAUGAUGAAUGCAAUUUUCAAAGGAGUAUUUGUCCACCGAUACCGUGAUUCAAUAGCAGAAAUAAGGGCGAUCUGUAUAGAGGAGAUCGGUGUGUGGAUGAAACUCUACAGCGAUGCCUUCCUCAACGACAGCUAUCUGAAGUAUGUGGGAUGGACAAUGCAUGAUAAGCAAGGUGAGGUGCGUCUGAAGUGUCUGACAGCUCUGCAGGGCCUCUACUACAACAGGGAUCUGAACGCCAGACUGGAGCUCUUCACCAGCCGCUUUAAGGAUCGCAUAGUUUCCAUGACUCUUGACAAAGAGUAUGAUGUUGCAGUACAAGCAAUCAAACUGCUCACUUUAGUCUUAAACAGUACAGAUGAGGUGUUGACCCCCGAAGACUGUGAGAGUGUCUAUCACUUGGUGUACUCGGCACACAGGCCUGUCGCUAUUGCAGCUGGAGAGUUCCUCUAUAAGAAACUGUUCAGCCAGCGGGAACCAGAGGAGGAAGGUGUCCCCAAAAGAAGAGGCAGACAAAGCCCUAAUGCCAACCUCAUUAAAACCACUGUCUUUUUCUUCCUUGAGAGUGAGCUCCAUGAGCACGCAGCAUACCUCGUGGAUUCCCUCUGGGAAUGUGGUCCAGAGCUACUGAAAGACUGGGAGUGUAUGAUCAGCUUACUGCUAGAUGACCCGCUGCCAGGAGAGGAAGCUCUUACAGACAGACAAGAGACGGCUUUGAUUGAAAUCAUGUUGUGCACUGUACGCCAGGCUGCCGAAUGCCAUCCGCCCGUGGGACGAGGAACAGGCAAAAGGGUAAUGACAGCGAAAGAGAAAAAGACCAUGCUGGAUGACAGAACCAGAAUGACUGAGCUUUUUGCUGUGGCUUUGCCCCCUCUACUGGCCAAGUAUGCUGUUGAUUCAGAGAAGGUGACAAACUUGUUACAGUUGCCUCAGUACUUUGACCUGGAGAUUUAUACCACAGGGCGACUGGAGAAGCACCUCGAAUCACUGCUGCGCCAGAUCAAAGAAAUUGUCGAGAAGCACACAGACACUGAAGUUUUGGAGUCCUGCUCUAAAACUUACCAUGCCCUCUGUAAUGAGGAGUUCACAAUCUUUAACAGGGUAGACAUAGCCCGCUCCCAGCUCCUGGAUGAGCUCGUGGACAAGUUCAGCAGACUACUGGAGGAUUUUCUUCAAGAGGGUGAAGAUGCUGAUGAAGAUGACGCUUAUCAAGUUUUGUCAACUCUAAAGAGGAUUACAGCAUUUCACAAUGCACAUGACCUAUCAGGAUGGGACCUCUUCACCAGCAACUUCAAGCUGCUCAACACGGGCAUAGAGAAUGGAGACAUGCCUGAGCAGAUAGUCAUUCAUUCACUGCAGUGUACCCACUAUGUGAUUCUGUGGCAGCUGGCCAAGUUAUCUGAGGGCAGUUCCAGAAAGGAUGAUAUGGUGACCCUGAGGAAGCAGAUGAGGGCAUUCUGUAUGAUGUGUCAGCGCUACCUCACGGACGUCAACACAGCUGUCAAAGAACAGGCAUUCACCAUCCUGUGUGAUCUCCUGCUCAUCUUCAGCCACCAGAUGGUGUCUGGAGGGAGGGAACACCUGGAGCCCUUGGUCUAUUCCCCUGAGGACUCUUUACAGUCUGAACUGCUCUCCUUCAUCCUGAAUCAUGUCUUCAUUGACCAGGAUGAUGACUCAAAUAGCACAGAUGGGCAGCAAGAUGAUGAGGCAGUAAAGAUCGAAGCUCUGCACAAGAGGAGAAACCUCCUGGCUGCCUACUGUAAACUCAUCAUCUACUGCGUGGUGGAAAUGAAGACUGGUGCCGAUAUCUUCAAACAAUACAUGAGGUAUUACAAUGAUUAUGGUGACAUCAUCAAGGAGACCAUGAGUAAGACUCGGCAAAUAGACAAGAUUCAAUGUGCCAAGACGCUCAUUCUCAGUCUGCAGCAGCUGUUUAAUGAAAUGCUGUCUGAGCUGGGUCAUGGGUUUGAUCGCUCCUCCUCUGCCUUCUGUGGAAUCAAAGAGUUGGCCCGUCGUUUUUCUCUCACCUUCGGUCUCGACCAAGUGAAAACACGAGAUGCCAUCGCUAUGCUGCACAAGGAUGGCAUCGAGUUUGCAUUCAAGGAUCCUAGUCCCCAGGGAGAGGGAGGCCCUCCUCUCAACCUGGCUUUCUUGGAUAUUCUCAGUGAAUUCUCCUCUAAACUUAUGAGACAAGACAAAAGGACUGUCCACAUGUACCUGGAGCGCUUCAUGACGUUCCAGAUGGCACUGCAACGAGAGGACUGCUGGCUUCCACUGAUCUCCUACAGGAAUUCCCUGCAGGCGGGUGGAGAUGAUGACACCAUGUCUGUGAUGAGUGGCUACUCCAGCAGAGGCUCCUCCAUUCGCUCCAAGAAGACCAAGCCUCCUGCAGCGACAGCUGGUACUCCAGCAGCAAAGAGGAAGCUGCCAGAAGAGGAGAGCAGCAGUGGCGAAGUGUGGCAGCAAAGUAUUCAAACCCCAGUCAUGAUGCCUUCCCCUCACCUGACUUCCACUGCCAUGCGAGACCCUAAGAGAAGUCGUGACGACGCCUUCAUGGGGGUUUACUCGCUCCCCCAUGAGCAGCCGCAGCAGCAGCAGCAGCAGCAGCAGCCGCCGCACCAACACCCACAGCAUCAUCAACCUACGCCCCAGCACCACCAGACACCCAUGGAUUACAAUUCGCAGGUGACGUGGAUGCUGGCACAGAGACAGCAGGAGGAGGCACGCCAACAACAAGAAAGAGCCAUGAACUAUGCCAAGCUCAGGACCAAUCUGCAGCAUGCUAUCAGUCGUCGCGGCACUGGGCUCAUGGAGGAGGACGAGGAGCCGAUUGUGGAGGAUGUGAUGAUGUCAUCCGAGGGCCGCAUGGACGACCUGAAUGAAGGCAUGGACUUUGACACCAUGGACAUUGAUCUGCCACCCUCUAAGAACCGCCGCGAGAGAUCUGAGCUCAAGCCAGACUACUUUGACCCUGCUUCGAUCAUGGAUGAGUCGGUCCUUGGGGUGUCCAUGUUUUAAGCUAUCAUCCAGAGGAUUUUGACGCUGGGAUAACAGAAGAGACGCUUUGUAUUUAAAGAGAAUUUUAGAUGCAAAAAACAGAAGUGUUUUCUGUAAGAAAAAGCAAAAAUUAAAAAAAAAAUCAACAAAAAAAAGAAAAUCUGACUUGUACUCCACGUGGACCAAUGACAACCCACACUCAGUGUUGCUUGCUCAGAGAGGACUUUGUUUCAAAAAUUUACUUUUAUAAUCUUGGGUAAGCUCUUCCUGUUCAGAAAUAGUGUAACAGGCCACUUCCAAAACAUACUAGAAAGAAGACGUGUCUGAAGAAAAUCAAUAAAUAGCUUUGUUUUGUUUUUCCUUUCCUUUCCUUUUUUUAAGAUGGGGAUGAAUUGGUGUGUUUAACUUAAGAAACUUUUUUUUUUCUUUUUUUUUUUUUUUUUUGUUUAUGUCUAACCCUUUUUACAAUUGUAGUAAGUUACCAGGUGUGAAGUAGUAAUUUAUAAACGGACUGUAGUAGCUUGCUUGUACCGUGUUAGCCAAGUGGAUGGAGGUCUUUCUGUUUGUGCUUUGUUCCCUUCUUUUUUGCGUGUUUGCUUUUCCUCCUUCUGUCUCUUCGGUUUCUUCUCCCUGUUCGGCUUGAGUUGAGGUCCUGAUAACCACUGGUGGUUAAGGUAUUGAGAUGUCACAUAGAAUCAGUCUAGAUCCCUUUUUUAUGCUGUGAAAAUUCCUCGAGUCCACGUUACGUUCCAGUCUUCUAGACACCAGGUCCCAGAGCCAACUUCGAGAUUUGGAUCACUCCUUAACCAUCUAUUAGUAAAAAUGUGUCCCCCCCCUAAAAUUGAGGAUAGUUUUAUUCCAGUAAUGCCACUGUGUGGGCUCUGGAAGAUAGCAGCUCAAAGAAAAAUGCUACCUUUUUUUUUUUUCCUCUAAAAUCCUGCAGCAUAAUGUUAAAAAUGGGUAUCUCUGCAUUUUAAAUAAAAGUUAUAUAUGAAUUGGUGCUGAUUUUAUAUGUGCUUUUGUUUGUUUUUUCUUUCCUUUUUUUUUCUUUGGUCUUCAGUCACAAAGUUUGAGAGAUGUGUGAGUAAAACUAAAAAAAAAAUAAAAAAAAUUACAGCAUGUAAAAUCAUGCAACAAGGAAGAUUUUUAAAUUUGUAUUUUUAUGUUUUUCUUUUCUUUUUUUCUUUUUAUCUUGAUAAAUGUCUUGAAUUUCUACCUUUUUUCCUACGUGUAAAUUAGUUUGGAUAAAACUAAUGAACAGACUUGUGAAAUUCAGCUUUAAGGUUUUUCUCAACAUGAAAAGUCCUGUCACAAAAUACUUCUAGAUUUCAAAUGUUAAAACUAAGGUAGUCAUUCAGACAGUACUGAAGAUGAACGUUAUUCAGCAGCGCUGUGGCAGCUAGACAAAGCUUAGAUUUUGACAUAUUUGUCACUCACAGGUUUUAAUGAAAUGUUUUGUCUACUGAGUUUUUUUUUUUUUUUUUUCAUUUUUAUUUUGUAGUCAUUCCAUGCUUAAGCCUUAAACAUGCUUGUGGAGGUCAUCUUUUCUUACAGUAAUCUUCCAUGUCAGAGGUGGAUAAUUGGCUUCUUAGAACAUUAAAUAUAAGGGGGUCAAAUGUAAUGUGACAAAGUAGAUAAACAGCCUAUAUGUGUUUUUUGCCUAAUUAUUUUAUGUAAGUAAAAAAAGAAAUUCUUUUAAGGAAAAGUACUGUUUAUUGUUUACUUACCACUACAUCAGUAUAAAUUCUUAUUAGAUCAUGUGUGUAUAUAUAUACAAAAUUUAAUUUCUUUCGUUCCUUUUGGCCAUUUCUCUCCUUGUUUUUCUUCUUUUUUUUUUUUGGUCUUUUCCCUGCGCUCUUCCCUACACUGAGUUAUUGUCUAUUAUCCCAUCCUCUUUCGGUCACUGUUUUCUGAUUUGUACUUGUCUGGAGACAGUAACUUUUGAAUAAAAAUCAACACAAUUCA